AUGCAUAAGAUACAUGCUAAGAGCACCUCAGUUAAAUAUGACUCGGUCAAAAGACACUCGGUCAAGAGACAUUUGGAUAAAUACGACUUGGUCAAAUAUGACUUGGUCAAAAGACACUUGGAUAAAUACAACUCGGUCAAAUAUGACUUGGUCAAAAGACACUCGGUCAAGAGACACUUGGGUAAAUACGACUCGGUCAAAUAUGACUUGGUCAAAAGACACUCAGUCAAGAGACAUUCAGGUAAAUACGACUCGGUCAAAUAUGACUUGGUCAAAAGACACUUGGGUAAAUACGACUUGGUCAAAUAUGACUUGGUUAAAAGACACUCGGUCAAGAGACACUCGGGUAAAUAUGACUCGGUCAAAAGACACUCGGGUAAAUACGACUCGGUCAAAUAUGACUCAGUCAGAAGACAUUGCUGCAUGAAGCCAUUUGGCGGUCGCGGCACCUGCAUGAUGGUGCCAUUAGGCAGGGUGGCAUAG